AUGUCUUGUAGAUAUGGGAUGUGGCGAGUUAUGACAGGCAGACAUAUGACCAUUGAGUUUUCUCUGAUGGAGGCAGGCCACACAAAGUUUCAUCCCGACUGGCAUUUUGGGCUCUGGAAGGUGAAAUGGCGAGGAACAACUGCAGAUAAUCUUGAGGAAGUGGCAAAUUCCGUUGCUCAUUCAUCUAGGAAUAACCAUAAUAUUCCCCAGCUUGUAGAGGAUCCCCAUACUGAAGUUGCAAAAAAGAUUGAGUUAUCAGAAAGGUCGAUUCAUCACUGGCUGAGGAAGCGGGCGAAGAAAGACAGUCCCAGUACCAUGCAGAAGUUCACAGAGUGUAGCUACCAUUUCAUUUUCUACUGUACCAUGUUUUUCUAUGGACUCUACAUACUAUGGGAUAAAUCGUGGUUUUGGGAAACAAAGUAUUGCUGGAUUGGUUGGCCUAAGCAGGUUAGUUUACCCGCAACAUUUAUGUCUUCUCUUCAGAUAUUUCAAUGUCCAAUAAUAUUAGGCCAACAAAGCUUCCUUUUAGUUUCUCAGGAACGACUACAUCAUCUUAAACACUGCUACAUUUAUCAAUUUUUAAAAAUUUUUUGAAAGGGUUAUAUUUAUUUAUUCAAUUUCCUAUUUUUUGAAUUGAAAAAAUUGAGUUUUUCCCCUUUUUAUACUUGCAAGAAAGUUUUAAAAAAUAUUCCACUUUGAAAUUAGAAAAUUUUGACC